UGUGUGUGUGUGUGUGUGUGUGUAGAGUAGAGUAGAGUCGAUCAGCUUCACUCACACUUCACUCAGUGAGAUCAGACACUCAGAGAGGAAACCAUGUUCAAGCUGCUGAUUCUCUUCAUCCUCCAGACUGAGAUCCUGAACACAGCCGAUGGACAUCACAUGUCACAUCAAGCUACGUGCUCCUGGAGUAAAGAUGAUCUCAGUGACAUGGAGUACAUAUUGCCUUACAUCUUCAACAAGAUUAACUACCUGGAGUAUAACAGCACUCUGGGGAAGUUUGUGGGAUACACUGAGUUAGGCAUCAAGAACGCAGAUAGAUUCAACAAAGACCCUGCAGAGCUGCAAGCACAAAAAGCCGCGGUGGAAAAUUUCUGUAAGAAUAAUGCUAAGGGUUACUACAGCGCCGUCCUGAGUAAAACAGUUGAGCCUCAGGUUAAAGUGAUGCAGGUGAAAAAGUCAGUCGGCUCUCACCCCGCUCUGUUGAUGUGCAGCGCUUACAGCUUUUACCCCAAACUCAUUAAAGUGACCUGGCUGAGGAACGGUCAGGAGGUUGAGGGAGACGUGACGUCCACUGAGGAGAUGGCUGAUGGAGACUGGUACUAUCAGAUCCACUCACAUCUGGAGUACAAGCCUCAAUCUGGAGAGGAGAUCUCCUGUGUGGUGGAACACGCCAGCUUCAAAAAACCCAUGAUCUAUAAAUGGGAUCCCUCCAUGUCUGAACCUGAUAAGAGUAAGAUUGCUAUCGGAGCAUCAGGGCUGGUGCUGGGGGUCGUGCUUUCAGCUGCUGGAUUCAUCUACUACAGGAAGAAAUCCUCAGGACGGAUCCUGGUCCCCACAUAAACACAGGUCUUCAGCUGGAGAAACACAGGAGUGUUUACUGAACCCACUUCAUCUGUUAAACCCCUGCUUUAUUCCUAACAGUUAGAACUUGCUGAGAAAUCAGACAUUAAUGUGUGUGUCUGUGUGUCUGAUCUUUUACUUUUAGAUUAGAGUUUGAUGAAACUCCACUUAAAUAUCUUGAUUUUAGACUUUAUAAAAGUUCUUCAGUAGAAAAUACACAAACUGAGUUUAGAGCUCAGCUUUCAGAAAAUGUACAAAUUAAGGGUUUAUAAUGAACCUGAAAGAUUUUAAGAGUAAAUUAUUUUCAUUAUUAAAUCUUUAGCGCCCCCUACAGGCUGAUUUAAUCUGAUUCACUUUCUCAGGUUUAGUGACACUGUUCAUCAUUUUGUACUAAAACUUAACUCUACACUUCUGCUGUUUUUGUAUCAUCAGUAAAUUAAAUUUAGUUUUAAUUGUAAGAACUGGGUUUAUUUUUGAUUCUGUAUGUCAGCUGAAUUUUUGAAAAGUAAAUAAAUCUGAAUACAUAAAUAUCAAUAGACAGAUUUCAGUCUGCAUGAAUUCUACAGCUGAAAUAAAGACAGUUCUUAUUAGUAAACUUUUUUCCUAAUUAUUUUAUUUUAUUUUGUCUUAUGAACUUUAUUCAAGCUCUUGUGGAGAAUCAGGGGCAGUUUGAGGUUCAGAACUUUUCCUCUGGAACAAAGAAGCUCUGCAUUUAUAAUGACAAUAAAAUGAUUUUAAAAAGGAAA